AGAUCCGUUGCUACUGGCGGGAGACGCAGUCCAGGCGGCGGACGGAAUCUCGAAGUCGCCUCGAGGAGUCCCGAGGGAGAGACGUGAGCGGCGCAGAGUCCACGCCAAGCUUGUGGUUUUGAGACACGUUCAUGUACUGUAAGUGUUAGAGGCACGCCAGCAAUCCGUGUGUAUGGGAAGUGCACAGCUUGGCCAGUAAUUACCGGUGACACUUGCUCCGUCCCCUCUGUGGGCCGCGGCGCGUCAGUGUGCCCUGGGAUGUCCGGCAACACGGCCACCACCCUGCCCACCGGCCAGCGGGGAAAGAGCUUCGCCAUGGAGUACUUGCUGGGCGGCGGCGGCGCGGGCGGAGGGAAGGAUGUUGGUGGCGGCGGCAGCGGCUCCCUGGCACCUCUGAGACUGAACCUGCCACACCUGUACAACACGUGUCUCCUGCCACACCUGCCCGGCUUGCCGCCCCCCCUGUUGCCAUCCCUGCCCUACCCUCCGCUGCAUCACUACCCUCUGCCCUCCGCCCUCGCCGCGGGCCUCCAGGGCACGCUGCACCCACCCCUGCUCGGCCUGUCGCCCCCGGGACUCGGGAUGCGCCACCUCGGGGACUUGGGAGUGACUCGCAGGGACGUGCUGGGGCUGGACGGCCCUCAGAGUCCAGGCUCAGUCGGCGACCACACCAACACCUCCGACUCGGACCACCACGAUCACGAAAAGUCAGAUGACCUGACCGACGACCUUGAGAUUGAUCCUGUUGAGAGUGAAGACGACGAAACUGGAUCACCCUCCGAUCGCAUUUCCAGAGCGGGAGAGGGUAGCGAGGGCGCGGGCACAGGGGCGGGGACCGGCGUGGGCGGCAGCAAGUCGAGGCGGCGGCGCACGGCCUUCACCUCGGAGCAGCUGAUGGAGUUGGAGAGGGAGUUUCAGACCAAGAAGUACCUCACACUCAGCGAACGCUCCCAUAUCGCCCAGACCCUUAAUCUUUCUGAGGUCCAAGUCAAGAUAUGGUUCCAAAAUCGACGUGCCAAAUGGAAGCGCGUCAAGGCGGGGCUGGUGUCGGGGUCUGCGGGCGGCGGGAAGAGCGCCUCCUCGGGCCAUAAGAUCAUUGUGCCCAUCCCUGUACACGUGAACCGUCUCUCCAACCUGUCUCAGUCGCAGCAGAUGGAGAAGGCACAGUCUACCGGUCCAGGUGUGGGUGCGGGAGGGUCAGGCCCCAUCAGCUGCACCACCGCCUCGCCGCUGCCCACGAUCAAGGCCAUGGACCCUCCCUCCAGCAUCCAGUCCCGCCGCUCCGCCUUUCAGGGCCUGCCGCAGCCACAGCCGGUAUCCUUGGGCCAGUCUCUCUCCCAGCCGCCGCAGCCGCCGCCACCCAUCUCAGUGUCGCUGUCCCAGAGCCUCCAGCCGAGCCUGUCCGCCGCCCUCGCUCACAGCCACUCACCGACGAUGCCUCGCCUCAGCCACGCCCCUUCCCUCGCCUUGUGAAGGACACCAUGAUGGCUGAAACUUACUGAAGCAUCGUCUCUGCCCAAGUCAAAGCGGGGGUAACGAUCACGGCCGGCGCUGCCCCCGCCCGCCGCCCGCAUCACCGCGCGGCGGACAAGCAGCACGACGAACGCGUCAUGCUUGCAGGAAAUGUCUCACAACGAAAAGAUAGCCGUCAGAAAACACUGCUGCAUCCAGUGGAAAUAUAUCAAUGUAAAAAAAAGAACGAGAAAACAGCUAAAUACUAAGUGAUGUAAAAAGAAAUCUGUGUUCAUGAAGUUGAGUUCGAUCAAGAUGGCGCACCAGACGACUGACGAGUUUUAAUCUUUAUAUUUGUUUCCGUUUUUGUACAGUGAGAGGUAACCUGGGUCUUAGGGUUAGAACUGCUUUCUUUCCGGUUAACCCAUAGCCACACCUCUACAGGAAUAGAGCCCCUCUCGCGCCUCCAGACAAACACACUCUCUGCCUCCCCACCGCCAGUCACAGAAGGGGAGCGGGUGCGCGUGAUCACAGUCGCUAUAUUGCAAGAGCGAAGAGAAAGUGAGCCGCGAUGCCCGCCACUACUCGGCGGAGACGGAGACUCCUGCUUGGGAAUGGACGACUGGAGCAGGAAGAGCAAGGGCUGGCUCGCUCCGUGCCCCGAGGAGGCCGAGGAGGGAGCGCAUGCCAGCUUUAAGAUUUAGUUCUGUAAAUACUGCUUGUAGGUAAUGUACCGUUAUGUUGCUGACGAGGAGAAUGAAUGUACUGAUAGUGUAGCUGUAGCAAAACCUCCCGCCCGUGUAAAAACAAUGUCCGCCAUCCUGCACUACUCCACUGCCUCUGUCUGGCCUGCCUCCACACUCUGGGCGAAACUUCUCCUUCUCCUUUCAUCUUCUUUUUAAGAUAAAACUAGCGCCCGGACAAAUUCAGGUCGUGGUGGCUCACACACACACACACACACACACACACACACACACACACGCGGUGAGGGUGGGAAAGUGGUGAGGCCAAGGCUGCAUGUGAGCCGACCCUCUUGGACGGUGGCUUCCAGGGGCUGAGGGUUGGCGGGGUGGAGGAUGGCGUUACGUAUACACAUUACUGGGGUGGUGAAGGUGGGGCGGCUCGGAAGAGCAGGAUGGAGUGCACAGCUUGUCAUCAGUCUUACGUGGCGCCUUCCCAGAGUUCUUCGCGGCAUCCCCAAAACUGGUGAUACAUUUCAGGGUAAACUGUUCCAAGAGAGUUCAAGCGAGGAGAUGUACCAGCACCAUUCACGGGGCGCAACCCAUCACCACACACCUGUCUUCGCCCCUAAGGUCUUCGCCCCUAAGAGUCACUGCCCAAAAUACCAUGAAAAUUAUAAAUAAUGUUUAAUUACUAAGACCGCUAGACUCUAUAGAUCUGAUGUCAGCGUCUCCCCCACGCCCCCACAACUAUGGUUUCAGCCUGGGCCCGCCCCGUACGCCUCGCCCCGCCCCGCCGCUUCAACCAAGCCGCCGCCAAAACUGAGUUGGAAGCCAGCAAAUAAAUCUAACCUGAGAAAUUUAUAUACGUACAUAUGCUAUCAAUAAACUGAAUUUACGUAAAA